ACUGUCUCUACUGUCCGGCAGUGCAAACAUUAACCUUAGCGAGAGUAGUCGCAACCAUUGUCGGCCCGUCGGCUCAGUAAUGUUCUAAGUUCUAACUGGUCCGGACACACGGAUCGACACGGUGUGGUGUCUCACAGAGCCGGUAAAACGAUCAAACACGACAAGGACUUAACUCCCUUUAAAGAUGCUGGUGCUACGGUACUUGGCAUCGUUCUAUCACUACGUCAACUACGAAGUCAGUGAUCCACGGGUCAAUGAUUGGUUCCUGAUGAAAACGCCCUGGCCGGGGGCCGCCAUCCUCGGCCUCUACCUAAUGUUCGUGCUCAAGUGGGGCCCGAAAUGGAUGGAGAAUAGGAAACCGUUCCAGAUCGACACGAUCAUCAAGUACUACAAUCUGAUACAGGUCGUCCUGUGUGCGUUCCUGUUCGUCGAGGGCUUUCGGCUUGGGUAUCUGCGCGGGUACAGCUUUCUCUGUCAACCGGUCGACUACUCGCCGACCGAGAUACCGAUCGCGAUCGCACGCCGCUGCUACUACUACUUCCUGGUGAAGGUGCUCGAUCUGCUCGAUACGAUCUUCUUCGUGCUGCGCAAAAAGCAGAACCAGGUUAGCUUCCUGCACGUGUACCAUCACACCGGCAUGGUGAUGCUGGUCUGGAGCGGCGUCAAAUGGUUCCCCGGCGGGCACGGUGUGUUUAUGGGCUUCAUCAACAGCUUCGUGCACGUGGUCAUGUACGCGUACUACUUCCUCACCUCCGCCAAUCCCAAGUACAAAAACAACCUUUGGUGGAAGAAGUACAUCACGCAGCUGCAGAUCAUCCAGUUCGGCAUGAUCUUCCUGCAGUGGUUCGUGCUACUGUUCCAGCCCAACUGUACCUUCCCCAAGUGGCCACUGUUUGUCAUUCUGCCGCAGAAUCUCUUCAUGUUCUGUCUCUUCCUGGACUUUUACUACCAGGCGUACAUCAAGAAAAAGCCGCCGACCGUUGCCGCACGGCGGUCAGCGGAACUCCAGCAGAACGGUAUCCACAAGAGUGACUCGAACGGCAAGGCGAUGAAUGGCGACUACAACGGCAAGCUGGCCAAUGGCGCAGACUGCACAAAGCGCAACUCAUCCAAAGAGGUCAGUGUCACCUCGUAACCGUCUUUCAGACGGCCCCAUGUGUGACCCCAUGUGUAUGUGCGUGUUACCUCGCGGGGGCACACGCGGAUAGCAUUAUCAGGGUUGUUGCUUGUUUUGUCUUUUCUGUGAAAAUUUAGUCAAUAAAAAAAAACACGCGUCCACCGUUGACCACUGACGUGCACCCGA